CAUCUCUUUCCCAGACACACUCUUUUUCAGCUUCUUUGAGCCUUUACCAGUGUUGGGGUUUAAAGUUUUUGCAGAUUUUGGAUUUUUCUUAAAGUUCUUAACUUGGUUUUUUUGGCACUAAAGUUCCCUACAGAAAAGUUUACUGUUUUCAAUGUUUUCUUGAACAAGAUUAGAACGACUGAAUUCUGGAAUUUGGGGCCUUUCCUUCAAUAAACUGCAAAAAUCUUUGUUUGAAUUUGGGUCCUCAAAAUUUUCAACCUACAGUACAAAGCCCGAGUUUCAGCUCUUUGGCCAAUGCAAACUUUAUGUUCUUGCUUGUGAUGCUGUGUGUGUGUGUGUGUGUGUGUGUGUUUUUUUUUUUUUACUUUGUUUUAACCAGUGAAAAAGUGAUCGAGAUCGGAACGAUGUUGGAAAACAAAAGGAGCCCUUGCUCUGUUGAUCAUAGCGGUUUCACUUCUUUGGCAUUGAAACGACAGAAGUCCGACUUAUCGAUCCCCACAAAGGAUAAGAAAGAUAAGGUCGGGGAACGAAUCGUGACUCUGCAGCAGCUUGUUUCACCAUACGGAAAGACAGAUACAGCUUCUGUUCUUUUGGAAGCAAUGGAAUACAUACAGUUUCUUCACGAACAAGUUAAGGUUUUGAGUGCUCCGUAUCUUCAAACCGGGUCGUUAAGUAACAUGCAAGCGAUCAUUAAACCAAACCAGGAUGUAGAGCAUUAUAGCCUGAGAAGCCAAGGACUAUGCCUCGUUCCAAUAUCGUACACCGCCGGAGUUGCUCAUAGCAACGGUGCCGAUAUUUGGGCUCCCAUCAAGACCACAUCGCAGAAAUUCGACAAGGCUAUCUCACCGUUCAAUUGACAUUUCUCAUCGGCUACCAAUAGUCUUUGAACAUCACUCGAAUGGAGUUCAAAAGAUAGCCAACUUAAUAUCGGAUGCACAAAAUUUUCUAAUCUGAUGCAAAUUUAUAGCAUGAAGCACUAAUACAGGAUGUUAGUAGGCAAAAACUAUUAGGCCUUGAUCGGUAGGAUUCUGGUAUCGGAAAAUGCAGUCUGGCACCUUCGUAGUUUUAAGCCGGUGCUCGGAUUAAGCUGCAUUUAGUCUAUUCAAUUAUAGAAGUUGAUUGCUCUCUCUUGUUCGUUUUAUGUAAAAUGUAGAUUGUUGAAGAUGAGUUGAAUUGCUACUUUUAACCUGUAUGUAUUAAUAUUGGUGUCCGAAGCGAAUUUCAUGGUUAAUAUUAUCUUAUAUUGUCCCCACU